GUAUGAAUGUAAAUAUAAAUUCCAUUAACACAUUAUUAUAAUUGCCAAUUUAUAAAAUAUAAAACGUUUUACAAUACCCAUAAAUCACUAAUAAAAUACAACUGAGAGGCCAUUGACACUGCUGACCUACAGCUACAGAUAAUUAAUAAGUAUCACCAAAGAAUUAAUGAGGGUUGCAUUAAAAAAAAACUCCAGUUUUAGGUUUGUUCGUUACUCUGUAAAUACAAACACUAGAUACACAAUAACAUAUGAGCCCCUAUGAAAGUAUCUGGUAUUCUAGUAAAUUCGGCAUAAAUUUGACCUAUCAAAUAGAAAUAUUUUUAAUAAAAAACUUAAUUAUAGCAUUGGAUCACACUGUUUGCCAGCUACUAUCCUUACAGUGAAAGCAAGAGACUCAGUAUAAAACUAUUUUUUCCUGUAAGUAAUGUUAUUUUAUGUAUUGAAUGUAUUGUCCCUAAUAAUUUCAUAAAUUCGGCUGUCAUUAAAUAUUUAAUUGUAAUGUAAUUGUACUGUAAGGGAAAUAUUGAGCUGAACUCUAUAGGUAAAUCUGUCAGUUUUAGGAUUCCUUGAUGAUUUAUAAAGUAUAAUCACCUGAUAGAACAUGCAUAUUAAAGUAAAUGGCAACUUCCGGGUCUUCUGGUGAAUUCGGCAUAGUAGUAGCCUGAGUGGCCUUCACAUUAAUACAAGUCUUCAUUUGAGCAUUAACUCCUGCUGUUUGUUAGUAGAGAGGGCUGCAGAAACGAGACGUUGUCAGUCCAAAACAUUGGGUGAUUUUAAUGUAAAUAGUGGUGCUUGAUGUAUUAAAUAUAUGCCGAAAUCAAUAUGAGUCCCUGUAGAUUAAAAUAAAUUAACGUCUCAAAAAGUGGAUUGAAUUGUUCUGCCCCAACACGCCCCGUAGUCUACCGUGUUGACACCAUUCAGCCGAACUUCAUUGAAAAAUCUCCCGAUUUUAGGAUUCCUCUUUUGUCGUUAACUAUUAACACUUGAUAGAACAUAAAAUGUGAGCUUUUGUCGGAAACUUUAGAUUCUUGUAGUAAAUUCGUAAUAUAGUUGAUCGACCAAGAAGCACUUUUUUCAUACAAAACCUUUAUUUUAGCAUCAGCGUACUCUAUUUGCUAGUCGCUGCCCACCACUUAGUCAGUACAAACGUUGAGCUUUUCUUUAAAAAAUAGUGAUACUUGGUUUAUUACAUGUAUGCCGAAUUAGAGAGUGGUCUAUGAUAAUGCACUGUAUUAAAUUGGUUGAACAAUUAUUAAAGUCUUGCACUCUAUUAGAAGAUUUAUUGAGUGUAAAAUGGGAAAUUGAGUGGUUAGCGUGAGUAAAACGUUGGUUCCGCUGGCUUGUUUCCAGUCGGACACAAUAACAAAGAGGAAACUGUAACUUUUCCGGUAGUAGCACGACCACACGGUAAGUUUUCCAGAUGAAUAAAGGAGUUAGUUGAUAAAAGAUUAACCGGUAUGAGUUUACAGAGGUAGUGUCGGCUCUCGGCUCGUCAUGGAUCCGGUCCACAGAGCUCUGCUGCGGUCUCACAGGCUGGAACUGUCCGGGCAGCUGCUGGUGAGUGAAACUAUCGUUCCGUUCCUGUACCAGGAGAACGUGUUGACGGAGUCUCAGGUGGAGGACAUCGAGUCUCAGCCGACUAACAGACACAAGAGCCUGAAGCUGCUGGAGCUGCUGCCGAGCCGCGGACCACGGGCCUUCCACUGCUUCCUCCGGUCUCUGGACGACUUCAGCUGGGUCAGAGACAAGCUGCUGCUGGAGCUCCAGACCCGACCCGGACCCGGACCCGGACCCGGACCUGGACCCAGCUCUACAGACGUCCGGCGGGUUCCUGACUCGGUUCUCCAGAAGGUUCCUUCGGAUCGGGACUUGUCCCGGCUGGCGUCUCGGCUCGGCUCCGAGUGGGAGGCGGUCCUGAUGGAUCUGGGUCUGUCCGCGGAGGAUCUGUUCCGGUGUCGGUCCGAUCACCGUCUCAGUACUCACGGGGCUGUUCUGGCCGGUCUGGUCCAGUGGAGACGAUCUGAAGGGAAGAAGGCCACCGUUCAGAGACUCCUACAGAGUCUGCAGGCCGCCGGCGUCCAUCCGUCUGUCCUGGAGGACGUCCUGAUGUGACGCGUCCAUCCGUCUGUCCCGGAGGACGUCCGGAUGUGACGCGUCCAUCCGUUUGUCCUGGAGGACGUCCUGACGUUACGUCCAUCCGUCUGUCCUGGAGGACGUCCUGACGUUACGUCCAUCCGUCUGUCCUGGAGGACGUCCUGAUGUGACGCCUCCAUCCGUCUGUCCUGGAGGACGUCCUGACGUUACGUCCAUCCGUCUGUCCUGGCGGAUGUCCUGAUGUUACGUCCAUCCGUCUGUCCUGGAAGACGUCCUGAUGUGACGCGUCCAUCCGUCUGUCCUGGAGGGCGUCCUGAUGUGACGCGUCCAUCCGUCUGUCCUGGAGGACAUCCUGAUGUGGCGUUCAUCCGUCUGUCCUGGAAGACGUUCUGAUGUGACGCGUCCAUCCGUCUGUCCUGGAGGGCGUCCUGAUGUGACGCGUCCAUCCGUCUGUCCUGGAGGACAUCCUGAUGUGGCGUUCAUCCGUCUAUCCUGGAAGACGUCCUGAUGUGACGCGUCCAUCCGUCUGUCCUGGAGGGCGUCCUGAUGUGACGCGUCCAUCCGUCUGUCCUGGAGGACAUCCUGAUGUGGCGUUCAUCCGACUGUCCUGGAAGACGUUCUGAUGUGAUGCCAAAGAGUUUAAAAGCUAAGAGAUGAAACUCUGGUGCUUUUUUGACAGCUGCCGCCAUUUUGGACUGAAAGCGGCAACGGUCAUCAGACCCACGGGACUGCACCGCCCUGCACGUAUGACGUAUCGGGUUCUGCCAGUUUCCUGCUAGCUGUAUUUGGCUUAAAAAGUUAAAUAAAAUAAGUAAGUAAGUUUUAAAAAAAAAACUUAAAUCGAUCAUAUUUCAGUUAGGGUUUUCUCCUGGUGCUCAGGUUUCUCCGACUAUAUAGUAUAUAAAUAUAUAUAAAAAAACUUCAAUCAGUAAUAAGAAAACUUUAUAGAGACAGGGCAAUCUGUAUCCUUUCAUGUUUUUUGUUUUGUUUCAUUGUUCUAUGUGUGUGUUGUCUUUCUGUCAUGGAAAAGCAAUAAAGACAAAGUAUCAAAAAAAA